AUGUUGUUGGGCAAGAGACCACGUAAUCCAAUGAAGAGAACAACAAGCUUGUCAGAGAUCACCUUUGAUCUAAACACUGCUGGUAGUGAAGCAGCCCCACCGGCUGAUCAUCCUAAAAAACAGAUGGGAUGUGGUGGGCUGAUGGAUCAACGGUCGUUGGCUGCCACAGGAUCAACAAGAACCACCCAUAGAAGGGCUUCUGGUGAUUUCUUGGAGACUGCUAACUUCUCGAGGGCUUGCUCUCUUUGCAAGCGCCGGUUGAUUCCUGGCCGUGACAUCUAUAUGUACAAGGGUGAUAGUGCUUUUUGCAGUCUAGAAUGCAGGCAACAACAGAUAAGCUUAGAUGAAAGGAAAGAGAAGUGCUCAUUAGCAUCCAAGAAAGGAUCCGUAUCCUCCACCACCGCAACAGAAGUCUCCGCUAAAGGCGAGACGGUUGCCGCCUUGUAG